AAGAAGUAUCAUAAGAACUCUCCAGAUAUCGAGAUGACGGACCAAGUGGCACUGCUGCGACUGGUCUGGUCUGAACUGUUCGUCCUCAACGCCUCCCAGUGUUCGAUGCCGCUGCAUGUCGCGCCACUUCUUGCGGCAGCUGGUCUGCACGCCUCACCCAUGGCUGCGGACAGGGUGGUAGCCUUCAUGGACCACAUCCGGAUCUUCCAGGAGCAGGUGGAGAAGCUGAAGGCCCUUCAUGUGGAUUCUGCGGAGUACUCCUGUCUCAAGGCGAUCGUUCUCUUCACAACAGGUUUUGUCGCGCGGACGUCGCUUUGUGUAGCGACUGAAACUAGUCUGCAACUGAUCAGCGACAACGAUAGACUAUCCUCGCACUAA